AUGACAAAAUCUAUUUCUCCUAUAAUUUUUAGACAAAAUUUAUUUUUAAAUUCUACUAUUAAUAAAAUACAUAUUAAACUGUAUAAAACGUUAAAUUAUUUAAAUUAUUUUAAAUUUUUUCAACUAAUACUUAAUACUAUUUAUAUGUAUAAAAAAACGUUAAAAAAAAUAAGAAUAAAUAGAAAAUUUUUAUACUUUACAUGUAGUUAUACUGACAUAAAUAAUAUAUGUCUAAAUAUAUGUUUUUAUGGCUUAUUUGGAAAAAAACAUAAAAGCUCCAUUAUACCCUCUUAUAUGGCGUUGUAUAAGUUUACAUCUUAUUUAAACUAUUUUUUACACCAUAAUUUAAAUGUAUAUAAUAGAAAUUUAUUUAUAUGGGUACUUAUACCAUGUGUGGUAAAUACGGGUAGAAACAAAUUUUAUAUAAUGAAUAGUUUAAAAUAUUGUAUAUUAAAAAACACUAAUCACUAUUCUAAAAUAAUUUCACUUUGUAAUAAAAUUUUAACAUACAAAUUUAAAAAUAGGAUAAGUAUUCACGGAAUAAAAGUUAAAUACUCUGGGUGCACUCAUAAAGGAGGAGAAAAAAAAAGAACAUUUGCUUAUUCUAAAGGAGAUGUAUCUAUUUGCUCUGUAAAAGAAAAUAUAGAGUAUAUAAACAGCUCAAUAAACACUUAUAAAGGUACUAUAGGUAUAAAAUGCUGGCUAGUUUUGUAG